CGAAGGCAGCAGCGCGCCUGCGCGGUAAGCCUCCAAGCGUCCAAGAUGGCGUUCGCGGAGCAGCUCUACCGGUUCGUGUUCCGCCGCACGUCCACGCUGGUCUUCACGGUCGUGGUGGGCGCCGUGAUUUUCGAGCGGGGUUUCGACCAAGCCACGGAGGCCAUUUUCUGCCGCCUCAAUGAAGGGAAACUGUGGAAUGACAUCAAGCACAAAUACGAAGUAAAAAAGGACUGAGGCACAGGAGGCAACCCUGGACUCGUGUCAGAUCCUCCACCAUUCUCACCAAUAGCCCUUUUUGUUUGUCGCCAGCUGUUAGACUAGCAGACGUUCAUCCUUGUAUGAUGGCCAGGGUGCUCUGUUCCAAGUGAUGAAAAGAUUCAAAUGACUUUUUUUUUUUUUUUUUUUUUUUUGCUGAAAAGCAGCUUAAUAAAAUGCA